AUGCCGGACUCGGAUCAUCCCAGCGAUGCUGACGAGAACUCGCCGCUUGUAAUGUCACCGGUCAAACCCAGCGGAGAGUUUCAGCGUCAAGCUGCUCUUGUGGAGACAGAUGCAGAUGCUGGCGCUCUUGCACAAGCGCAGCGGAAUGAGUUGGCUGAGCAGGAGUCGAAGAGUACAUGGUAUCUUUUUUUGCUUACUUUGAGUAUUGGAGGACUGCAAGUAGUUUGGUCUGUUGAACUUUCUAAUGGCUCGCCAUUCCUCCUCUCACUGGGCAUGAGCAAGGCCCUGCUGGCAAUUGUAUGGGUUGCCGGUCCCCUAACAGGCACACUUGUGCAACCCUAUAUUGGCAUCUUGAGUGACAACUGCCGUAUUCCCUGGGGCAAGAGGAAGCCCUUUAUGAUUGGCGGUGGCCUGGCUACGAUAUUUUGUUUGAUGCUUCUGGCCUGGGUGCGUGAGAUUAUCGCCGGUGUGCUUGGCAUAUUUGGUGCGGAUGCGCAGUCAAGCGGCGUGAAAGUUACUACGUUGGUGUUUGCAACGAUUAUGAUGUUUUGUUUGGAUUUUGCUAUUAAUACUGUCCAAGCCGGUAUUCGCGCUUUCAUUGUCGACUGUGCUCCGGCACAUCAACAGGAGCCGGCGAAUGCAUGGGCUAGUCGACUGACUGGCGCUGGCAACAUUAUUGGUUAUAUUCUAGGGUACAUGGAUUUACCGAAAGUGUUUCCUAUAUUUGGAAAUACUCAAUUCAAGGUCCUUUGCUUGAUCGCCAGUUUCUCUCUCGGUGUUACACUGUUGAUCAGCUGUCUCACGAUCAAAGAGCGUGAUCCGCGCCUUGACGGGCCACCCCCUCCAGGGGCUAUGGGUCUAAUUUCAUUCUUCAAGGGAGUCUGGAAAUCGAUUCGCAAUUUACCACCGCAAAUCCGCAAAGUAUGUGAGGUUCAACUUGCAGCUUGGAUUGCUUGGUUCCCUUUCUUAUACUAUUCAACAACUUAUAUCGGACAACUCUACGUGAACCCGAUUUUCGACAAACACCGUGACAUGACAGACGAUGAAAUCAACAAGACGUGGGAAGAUGCCACGCGCAUAGGAUCUUUUGCUUUGUUGGUAAAUGCAAUUGUUUGUUUUACGGCAAACAUUGUAUUGCCGCUUUUGAUCAUUCCAUCGUAUAAACGGAUACAGGUACCGGCAGCUAAUGUCGAUUUCAUUCCAGUAGCGCAAGAUAGUGAUGCCGCAGAAGCGGAAAUUAGAAGAUCCAUAUCAGAGCUUCAGGGUAAUAUUGCAUCCGAGCCUCUCUUAUCUCAGGAGGGACGUUCAAUCGAAAGUGAUGAGGUUGAUGAUGACAAGAAGAAGAGGUUUGAUUUUAUGAAGAAACUUCAGAUACCCGGGUUGACUUUGCGACGCACAUGGCUGCUUUCUCUCGCCUUGCUUUCAAUAUGCAUGUUUAGCACGUUUUUUAUCAGCACUUCGCAAGCGGCUACAGUUGUGAUUGGUAUAGUCGGUAUCUCCUGGGCCGUCACGCUAUGGGCUCCAUUUGCAUUGAUAUCCGCCGAAGUAGCGCAGCGUGAUGCAGAGAGACGGCUGAAUCGACUUCAAGCAGAAUUUGAAGCCGUUUCUGGCAUUUCCCACAACCCGGAAACCUCAAGGAAUCAUGAAGAGGAUGACGAGGAACAAGAUAUCGAGGAGAUAGCAGCAAUCCCAAAAACCGACAAUGAAUCAUCAACCGACCAAGCUGGAAUCGUGCUGGGUCUACACAAUGUCGCAGUAUCCUUCCCGCAGAUAUUCUCUACUAUAAUCAGCAGCCUGAUCUUCAAGGCGUUGCAAAAGCCGCGCGGUGAGCCCUGGGAUGAUAGUGUGGGAUGGGUUAUGCGGUUUGGCGGCUGUGCUGCUUUGGUCGCUGCUGUGUUGGCUCAGAGGCUUGAAGAGAAGGGGUCUAGUUCUAGAUAA